GGACCCCCUUCUGCUUCCCCCGCGAGUACCAAAAUGCGCGCGUGAACUCACGGCCACCCAAACCGUCCCUCAUUUUUCCCAUUACCAGAGCGAACAGAGCGAGGGAAUAUACAUAUAUGUAUAUAAUACAUAUAUUUAUGCAUAUGUGCCCCCCCUUGAACCUCCAGGGAGUGAAGAGGCGAACAGGCCGCCGCAUAACCCCAUGUGCACCCACACGACUGUCCGCCAUUCGUACGCACUCCCAUGCGAACACGCGUACACCGUGGAAGAGUCAACACCCCAGGGGAUCUCCCAUCUCCGAGUGAGCCGCAUUCCCCCUCAGCAUACAGUACUUACGGAUAAUCUUCACCUCGACGUGCUCUCCCCGCGCCAAGUUUGCAAAAAGAUAAGUGCGUUUAUAUAUAGCUUACCCAUUGGUACGAUCUCUUAGUGGGCGAACCAACCCCACAAAUUUGCCAUCCCAGUUUACCGCUCGACCUACCACUACCAAAUAAAUGGCGGGAAUUCCCUCCUCCCUGCGCGAGCUGUUUUAUUCCUUCUCGGACGGAAAUGGAAUGAACAAUGAGGCGCUGGCGGACACCAGCGAGCAGGUGUACAUCUCCCCCCUCGCCCUCCUGAAGAUUUUGAAGCAUGGCCGGGCUGGAGUGCCCAUGGAAGUGAUGGGGCUGAUGCUGGGCGAAAUAGUAGACGAGUACACCAUCCGAAUUGUGGACGUCUUUGCCAUGCCGCAAUCAGGCAACAGCGUGAGUGUGGAGGCAGUGGACCCCGUGUACCAAACGAACAUGCUAGAGGAAUUAAAAAAAACGGGAAGACACGAAAUGGUUGUUGGCUGGUACCACUCCCACCCAGGCUUUGGCUGCUGGCUCUCCGGAACAGAUGUAAACACGCAGAAAAGCUUUGAGCAAUUAAACCCGAGGACAAUUGGAGUAGUCGUAGACCCAAUCCAAUCCGUCAAAGGAAAAGUCGUGAUCGAUUGCUUUCGAUUAAUAAACCCACAUAUGCUCAUGCUCGGACAAGAGCCCAGACAAACCACCUCAAAUAUUGGCUACCUCACCAAGCCAACCCUAACAGCGCUUGUACACGGCCUGAACAGAAACUACUACUCCAUAGUUAUAAAUUAUAGAAAAAACGAGUUGGAAAAAAAUAUGCUUUUAAAUUUACACAAAGAUGUUUGGGGCAACCCCUUAAAGCUAAUUGACUUUAAUGAGCAAAAGAAAAAUAUCGACGAAAAUUUGGACAGCAUUAAAAAGCUUACAGCUCUGUAUAACAAGAAUUUACGAGGGGAGAUGAAGAAAACUAAUCAGGAGAUUAUUUUGGAGAAUAUCGGCAAGAUAGAUGCCAAGAAGAGGAUCCAAAACUCCGUGGAAACGUUGCUGAACGAUUCGAUUCUCACCUGCAUCGGAACCAUGGCAAACACUCUCUUCUUUUAGCCCCCCGCGGUGCAAGAGAAAGAUAAAUUACAUACUUAACUAGCUAGCUAUGUACCCACCUACCUACCUGCCUACUUCUUUCAUUCUUUUUUUUUUUUCCGUAAUGGCACACCUACCUGGUGAUGGAGGCAUGCGGAACGAUUCUCCUUCUACGGUGCGAACCUUCGACGAGGUGGCCCCCAUUAUUGGCCAUGCAAGACGGCCCAGAAUUAGCCGUCCAUGUAUAUGCGGAUCGCCAUAC